AUGAGGAAUUUUUGGACAGCAAUGUACUAUUCACUGCUUAACGUUACGUUGACGAUGUGGUUGAGGGAGAAAACGGAUUAUAUAAAAAUAACGCAAAAGAAAUUCAUCACAGAAUCUGUAAGCAGCGAGAGGCUAGAAGGUCUCGAAGGCAGAACGUCAAGGCAGUGCGAGAUGAUUGCCUUAUUUUACGCAUUUUCAAAUGCAAUCGCAGUGGAUAACGCGAACCCAGUACUUUAUAAACUUCUCAAUCUCUUCAAAGUUAUCAAAUUUUAA